AUGGUGGGGUCAUCUCUACCACCUGGUUUCAGAUUUCACCCUACAGAUGAAGAGCUCGUGGGUUAUUACCUGAACAGAAGAAACGAAGGCCUUGUGAUCGAGCUCGAAAUCAUUCCAGGAAUCGAUUUAUACAAGUUUGAUCCUUGGGAACUUCCAGAGAAAUCUUUCUUGCCAAGUCGAGAUAUGGAAUGGUUUUUCUUCUGUCACCGAGACAGAAAAUACCAUAACGGAUCUCGAAUAAACAGAGCAACUAAAUCCGGUUACUGGAAAGCCACUGGUAAAGAUCGAAAAAUCGUUUGUCAGUCAUCUUCUUCUGUGACUGGGUGUCGAAAAACCCUAGUCUUUUAUCUUGGUCGAGCCCCUUUUGGUGGUAGGACCGAGUGGGUAAUGCAUGAGUAUCGUCUCUAUGAUAAUGAUACUUCACAAGGAUCACUGAGUUUCAAGGGAGACUUCGCGCUGUGUCGUGUGAUGAAAAGGAAUGAGCUUACACUCAAGAAAUGUGAAAACAGUUCACCGGAGGUUUCAAAUGAGCCAUUGAGCAACAAUGUAGAGAUUUCUUGCCAAGAAAGUUACCUAGGCAAGGGUUCUUGCGACACAAGUAUCACACUCGGGGCAUCUCCUGAUUUUAACCGUGAAUCAUCGCUUAAGGUUUAA